CACACACACACACACACACACACACACACACACACACACCCCCUUCUCCCAAGUUCCGCGGAAGAAUUUUAGACAGCCUGUGAAAUCCUAUCACUAAUUAUUACAGUAUUCUCUUUCGACCCAGUGAGAUGUUGAGAAAUGAAUGUUGCGGCUGGGUCCUCGGGGGUCGUCGGCCUUAAUCACCUUACCCGUCGACCGUUCGCUGGAGACGCGCUAGUCUCGCGACGCGUUGACGCGAUCCAUCGUUCGAGCUAAUCGCCCUUUUUCGAAUCUUAUGCAUAUCUCACUUUCGUUGGCUCGUCUUACCUGCUGGCUUAAUUAGACCAGGUUCCACGCACGCCAUCCAUUACCAAACGAGGACCGGGCCUAGCAUUUCCUGAAACUCAAUUCCGGACCUUCUUUAAUCCCGGUCUCGUCAAUUAACCAAACCCCCCGCCCGAUACCCGCGCCGUGGCCACGAUACUGUUGUCCGCAUGAAGCCUCCUUCGAGAAAGCGGGUCAAGACCGAGCGUGCCCGGCGCAUCCUGUCUGGCGGCGCAGCUGGCCCUCGCGACACGUCCGACGACGAAUCUGCCGCUGCAGAUGCGGGCUGGACAUGGAUUUACGGCGAGCCAGAGGAGGAGGAGGACACACUCGCCCUAGCUUCUUCUUCCAAGGCAGCACCAGCAGGAGCAGGUAGUUCGCGCAAGAGAAAGGCCCCGGAUCCAGAUCUGCCAGCGUUGCCAAUCGUUGGGGCGCAAAAGGGCAAUGUGCAUGUCAAGGUCGGCGAUCCGGUGGUGCUGAAGGGCACGCAGAAUGAAGUCUGGAUCGGCAUCGUCCAGGAGCUCUUCCAGGACGACGAUGCCAAUGAUAUGAUGGCCAAACUGGUCUGGUUCCAUUACCCGGAGGAAGUCAGAAAUAAGACUAAGAGGCGGACGGAUGCACUUGCGAACGAGAUCUAUAUAUCCUCUGCAUCCGACGUCAAUUCCCUCGAGACCAUCAACGGCCAUGCCAAAAUCCUCUCGCCGGGCGUAUUUAAUGCGCGAUAUCCUACCGGUGUGAUUGGGAAGAGGUCCAAGGACUACGGGCGAGUCUUUGUAUGCAGACGUGGCGUCACUGUGCGCACAGCAACGUACACAGAAGAGUUCAUCUGGGAGAAGGUCUACAAAGGUGCCGAGGACCUGGAGCCUCUCCUGGACCUCGUCACCUCCCAAACCAAGCCCACGAGGAAGCGUGCGCCGGCCAAAGCGAAAAAGGAGAGCUAUGUAUACGACGACUUUGUCGCAGAUGAAGACGACGAUGACGACGACGAGCCAAAGACGCCAAGAAAACGACAGAAACUCAAGGGCGCCGCAACGCCUACAUCUGCACGCAAAGCACGUACUCCGAGCAAGAACUUCCUCACGCCGACCCACAAAAGGAUCGUCGUCAAAAAGCCACUCGAGUUCACCCCGCUAGGCACUCGAGUGCUCUCCCCGUCAGCCCUUUCGUCGCCGUUCCAACUCGCCCGGAGCCAGCUCCAUGUGUCCUCUGUUCCUGCUACGCUGCCUUGUCGGGAGGAGGAGUUCUCCACCGUAUACUCGCACCUCGAAGCAGCCAUCACUGAUGGCUCAGGCUCCUGCAUCUACAUAUCUGGCACGCCUGGGACGGGCAAGACUGCGACUGUUCGAGAAGUCGUAGCGCAGCUCAAUACAGCCGUUGUAGCCGAUGAGCUCGAUGAUUUCAUCUUCGUCGAGAUCAAUGGCAUGAAGGUCACGGAUCCUCACCAGUCAUACAGCCUUCUCUGGGAAGCCUUGAAGGGCGAUCGUGUGUCUCCGUCACAGGCGUUGGAUCUGUUGGAGCGCGAGUUCUCCUCUCCCAGCCCGCGACGGAUACCAUGUGUCGUGCUCAUGGACGAACUCGACCAACUGGUCACCAAGAACCAGAGCGUCAUGUACAAUUUCUUCAACUGGCCUAGUCUACGACACGCUCGGCUGAUCGUAUUGGCUGUUGCGAAUACUAUGGAUCUGCCCGAGAGAACACUGAGCAACAAGAUCUCUAGCCGACUAGGUCUAACCCGUAUCACCUUCCCCGGCUACACCCACGACCAGCUGAUGCAAAUCAUCCACUCGCGCCUCUCCAACGUCCCAGACCACAUCGUCCACCCAGACGCCGUCCAGUUCGCCGCCCGCAAAGUCGCCGCCGUCUCAGGCGACGCCCGUCGCGCCCUCGACAUCUGCCGCCGCGCCGUCGAGCUCGCCGAAGCCGAAGACGCCGCCUCCACAUCCAUCUCCGCACCUGAUGAUCCCGCAACCCCCCUGCCCGCGAAGAAGGUAAGCGUCACAAUCGCAACUAUCAAACGCGCCAUCGCCGAGGCAACGUCCAGUCCGCUCCAGCAGUAUCUACGUGCUCUGCCCCUUGCCUCGAAGCUCUUUCUUGCUGCGCUGCUGGCGCGCGUGAGGCGCUCUGGGGUUGGCGAGGCGCUGCUGGGCGAUGUG